AUGGCUUCCGAUCGCGACAUCCUACCUGGCAACUUCAAGCCUAGCCACUAUGACCUGACGAUCACCGACCUUGACUUUGCUGAAUGGACAUUCAAGGGCACCGUCACCAUCGAUGGUGCUUUGACCGAGCUGACCUCCGAGGUGGUUCUCAACACCCUUGAGCUCGACAUCGCAUCGGCCACCCUUGAGGCCCAGGCAACCAAGGGCACGCGCUCUGAAAAGGCCGUCGGGAUUGCCUAUAAUGCCAAGUCCCAGCGGGCCACCCUCACAUUUGUGCAGCCCGGUGCCGAGGCCUUCCCGCCAUCGGCCAAGGCCAGCCUCUACAUUGCCUUCACUGGAAAACUGAAUCACGACCUGGCUGGGUUCUACCGCUCUCAGUACACGCCGCCCGCCGAUGCCCCGCAAGCUGCUGCCUCGACGCCCCGCGACAAUGACUUCCACUACAUGCUCAGCACGCAGUUUGAGUCGUGCGACGCUCGCCGUGCCUUCCCGUGCUUCGACGAGCCCAACCUCAAAGCCACCUUUGACUUUGCCAUUGAGAUCCCUGACGAUCUCGUGGCACUCAGCAACAUGCCCAUCAAGGAUGAGGGCACGUCUGCCGCUACUGCUUCCACCCCAGCUGGCAAGAAAAUUGUCCGGUUCGAGCGCACCCCGAUCAUGAGCACCUACCUGCUCGCCUGGGCUGUCGGCGACUUCGAAUACAUUGAGGCGCUCACGGACCGCCGCUAUGACGGCAAACAAAUCCCUGUGCGCGUAUACACCACCCGCGGCCUCAAGGAGCAGGGCCGCUGGGCGCUGGAGCACGCGCCCAAGUACAUUGACUUCUUCAGCGAGCGCUUCGGCAUCGACUACCCGCUGCCCAAGUCUGACAUUUUGGCAGCUCACGAGUUCACACACGGUGCCAUGGAGAACUGGGGUCUGGUGACGUACCGUACGACUGCCAUCCUCUUUGAUGAGCAGCUCUCCGAAGGCCGCUUCCGCAACCGCAUCGCUUAUGUCGUGGCACACGAAUUGGCCCACCAGUGGUUUGGUAACCUUGUGACCAUGGACUGGUGGGACGAGCUGUGGCUCAAUGAAGGGUUUGCCACCUGGGCCGGUUGGCUGGCCACUGAGGCCCUGCAUCCGGACUGGGACGUCUGGGCCCAGUUCGUCAACGAGGGCAUGGAGCGGGCCCUCAAGCUCGACUCGCUGCGCGCCUCGCACCCAAUCCAGGUGCCCGUACGUGACGCGCUCGACGUCAACCAGGUCUUUGAUGCCAUUAGCUACCUCAAGGGCUGCUCCGUGAUUCGCAUGUUGGCAAACCACCUGGGCACCGAUGUUUUUUUGCAGGGCGUGUCCGCUUACCUCAAGAAACACAAGUACGGCAACGCCAAGACCACCGCGCUUUGGGAUGCCCUAAGCGAAGCGUCUGGAGAGGAUGUUAACAAGCUUAUGAGCUCUUGGAUUGAGAAGAUUGGCUUCCCAGUUGUCGCCGUCACCGAGGGAGCGGACGGUCAACUGGUCAUCAAGCAGUCCCGCUUCUUGUCCACGGGCGACGUGAUGCCAGAAGAUGACGGAACCACAUGGUGGAUUCCACUGGGUCUGACUGGCCGUGUUGGCUCGGCUGAGGGCUCUGUCGAGUCUCUGGCCCUGACAAAGAAGGAGGAUGUCAUUGCCAAUGUCAGCAAAGACUUCUACAAGCUGAACACAGACUCGACCGGGUUCUACCGUGUCAACUAUCCUCCUGAGCGCCUGGCCAAGCUUGGCUCACAACUUGAUCGACUUAGUGCGUCUGACAAGAUUCUGAUUGCCGGCUCUGCUGCCGAACUUGCGUUUGCUGGCUACGCGAAAACCCCCGCGCUGCUUUCGUUCCUCGAGGGUUUUGGCAACGAGUCGCACGUCCGUGUUCUGUCCCAAGCACUUGAUGCCAUUGGUGUCAUAAGCAGCGUUUUUGGUGACGAUGAGACGAUCAACAAGGGCUUGAAAGCAUUUACUCUUAAGCUCAUUGAGAAGCCGCUGGCUGAGUUCAGCCUCAACUUCCCCGAGAACGAAGAGUUCACAAAGGCACAGCUUCGCAAGCGCCUCCUCACCUCCGCCGUUCGCAGCGAACAUCCGUCGCUCAACAAGAAGGCUAUUGAGCUCUUCCAAGCAUACAUUGCCGACCCCGUGAAGAACCCCCUUCAGGGUGACCUUCGCACACCUGUCUUCCUGGCUGCCAUAAUUGACAGCGCGGAAAAGGCCGUCCCGCUCCUUCUCAAGGAGUGGAAGACAACCGUUGCACCCGACGGCAAGGAGGUGGCUUUGCUGGCCCUAGGCGCUUCGGACAACGAAAAGGUGGUCCAGGACAAGCUUUUGCCAUUCCUGUUUGGCGACGGUGCCGAUACGGUCGUCGGCGCUGAUGUACACAUCCUGGCCAACGGCAUGGCCGCCCGCACUCAUGCUCGCCCCUUGCUGUGGAAGUACAUUCAGAAGGAGUGGGCCGGAACCGUGGAGCGCAAGCUGGCAGGCAAUCCAAUCCUGCUGGACCGCUUUGUCAAGGUGGCGCUGUCGCAGUUCUCUGAUACAUCCUCGCUGCAGGAGAUUGACACGUUCUUUGCCGACAAGAACACCAAAGCAUUUGAUCGCACCCUGGAGACGGUCAAGGACACAAUUCGCGGCCGUGCAGCCUACCGCACACGCGACUCGGAGGAGCUGAAGAACUGGCUAGUGGCUCACGGCUACACUUCCUAG